AUGUGGCUGGGUAAUGAAUUGACAGCAACAGAUUGGGGCUGGAAGCAACAUCAACAUGGAAUUAUGCCCAAAUUUAAAGAAAUGGAAUUAAUUCCGGAAAAAUUGCUGAAAACUAUUUGCUGCAGCUGUGAAACUGGAUGUAAUAGUUUAAAAUGUGGCUGCCGAAAACAUGGUUUAAAAUGCACAAAUUUAUGCUCAAAUUGUCAUGGUUCUGAACAAUGCGCCAAUGUGGAGAAAAAAAUCUACGAGGAAGUUAAUGAUUCAGAUGAAAUUGCGGAUGAAGAACCAAUGCAGACCGAAAAUAAUGUUGGAGACGAAGACGAUGAUGGUCUUGAAGAUGUCGAAGAUCUACCAGAAUCAGAAAGGCCUGUCGAAUCUAACGAUCAAGAAAUACCAUCAAAAAGACAGAUACUGAUAAAUAAGUGA